AUGGCCGACGAUGGAAUGCUUAUGAACUUCAGUAUUGGUGACAGUGUCAUCAAACCUGAAGCAAAGUUCAAAGGAGGAACAUGGCGAGACCGACUGACCGCAAAGAAGCGCUCAGCCCACCGAGUAUCCGAGAAAGGACCCGGAGAUGGAGAAGCAGCUGCGCGCAAUGCGGCAUCCAAGAACCCGAACCAGAUUCAACUCGGUACACGGCCCGUGAAAAGACAAAGGACUGAAGACACAGACUCGUUCAAUCGCCCUAGCGCCCCGCGCUCUGGUGGUGAUCGACGACCACAGCAACACCCACGAGACCCCCGCCAGUUCAUUUCUUCCCUCUUCAGUAGCAACCCCGAAGCGCGCAACCCCGAAGAACCCAAGGAGGAGAGGGAUGCAGAAGAUGCGAAACCGACUAAUGCGCCGCUGAUCGACGGGCUGGAUACCUUUACGAAUUUGGGCCUGUCUCCUAAUCUUGCAGCGCAUCUGCUGACGAAGCUCGAGCUCAAGGCGCCGACAGCUAUUCAGACAAGCUCAAUUACACAAUUGCUCAAGGAGGAAAGCGAUGCUUUUAUCCAGGCCGAAACUGGUUCCGGAAAGACUCUGGCUUAUCUUCUGCCGCUGGUCCAGCGGAUUAUGGACCUCUCAAAAGCGAAGAAUGAGCAUAACGAUACCCAAGUUCACCGAGACAGUGGAUUGUUCGCUAUUAUUUUGGCACCUACCCGUGAACUGUGCAAGCAGAUCUCCGUCGUGUUGGAGAAUAUCCUGCGCUGCGCGAACUGGAUUGUUUGUGGAACGGUGAUUGGUGGAGAGAAGAAAAAGUCAGAGAAGGCACGGUUGAGAAAAGGAUUAAACAUUCUUGUCGCAACACCUGGUCGAUUGGUAGACCAUCUCGACAAUACAGAAGCGUUGGACGUCAGCAAUGUGCGGUGGCUCGUGCUUGACGAAGGUGAUCGCUUGAUGGACAUGGGCUUCGAGGAGGAGUUGCAAGGCAUUGUCAAGAAACUCGACGCUAGACAACGGCCGAGUCGCAUUCCCAGUGUUCCUACGCGCAGGACGACAAUUCUGUGCUCUGCUACGCUGAAGAUGAAUGUCCAAAAGCUGGGAGAAAUCAGUUUGAAGGAUGCGGUACAUAUCAAGGCCGACCCGUCCGACGAGGAUGACGAGAAGUCAAAUAAGGAGGAGGAAGAGUCAUUCCGCGUCCCCGCCCAGCUCAAGCAAUCGUACGCGAUUGUUCCGGCUAAGCUACGUCUAGUCUCAUUAACAGCCUACCUGAAGAGGACGUUCAUGCGGAAGGGAUCAGUGAUGAAGGCGAUUGUUUUCAUGUCUUGCGCUGACGUGGUCGAUUUCCAUUUCGAGCUAUUCUCAAGGAACCAAGACCGCGAGCAAAAAAGGAAGAGUGACGAAGAAGAAAAGGAUGGAAAGGAUGAGAAGGACGAAAAAGAUGAAAAAGACGAAGAAAAGGAAAAACUGUCACCCCACGGCACUAUUGCUCCCGGUAGAGCCUUUUCGACCCCGACGAAUCCGGUCAUCUUGCAUCGACUGCACGGCUCCCUUCCUCAGAAUGUUCGAACCGCCACUCUCGGGUCUUUCGCUCGCAGCACUGAGGCUUGUGUCAUGAUCUGUACCGAUGUGGCUUCGCGUGGUCUGGAUUUGCCCAACGUGGACUUGGUCGUCGAAUACGACCCGGCCUUCAGCUCUGACGACCAUACUCAUCGUAUUGGUCGUACUGCCCGUGUGGGACGAGACGGCCGUGCCCUCAUCUUCCUCCAGCCUGGCUGCGAGGAGAACUAUGUCGAAGUCCUAAAGCGCGGCUACCGCGAUGGAGGCAAGGCGCUUACCCGCACUGAUGCAAACGAAAUUCUCAAGCGUGGCUUUGGCGGCAACGACAAGAAGAAGAAUUGGGAGGAAAAGACAACCGAUUGGCAGAUAGACGUGGAGCGUUGGGCACUUGAUAACCCAGAGUAUUUGGAAAUGGCUCGACGGGCGUUCCAGUCCCAUGUCCGAGCCUACGCAACCCACACCUCAGCUGAACGGAGCAUGUUCAACAUUAAGGAACUCCACUUGGGUCAUCUUGCGAAGAGUUUCGCCCUGCGCGACCGACCAGGCAAAAUCAACGUCCCUGGUCUGCGGCCUGGACAAGAAGACACCAAGAAGGACUUCAAGGCAGCGCGAAACGGUGUUGCAGGCAAUAAGAGAAAGGCUGAGGAUGAUCCAUCUUCCACAAAUGUUACGGACGAGGCUGCUCGCAAGAUGAGAGCCAAAAUGAGGGAGCAUAUGUCUGGAGCUAACGAGUUCAACUUGGCUUGA